GAGACUUGCAGGACGCCCUGACGCUCAGAAGCGGGGCUUUACGUCAUUUCGUAGGACCCUGCGUCAGGGGGCGGGACUAGUGAGUGCGUGCCAACAUGGCGGCCGCCAGUGCAGCGGGGCUGGCGGCGAACGUGUUUCCUUUCCGUGACGCCCGGGCUGCACCGGAUCCGGUGCUGGAGGCCGGCCCGGUGGCACAUGGGCCACUGCCCAUACCUCUGGUACUAGACAACGGGUCAUUCCAGGCCCGUGCCGGCUGGGCGUGUCCCGGGCCGGACCCGGGCCCCGAGCCGCGCCUGCAGUUCCGCGCGGUGUGUGCCCGCGGGCGGGGCGGGGCUCGGGGCGGGGCGGGCCCGCAGGUGGGCAACGCGCUGGGCAGCCUGGAGCCGCUGCGGUGGAUGCUGCGCUCGCCCUUUGACCGGAACGUGCCGGUCAACCUGGAGCUACAGGAGUUGCUGCUUGACUACAGCUUCCAGCACCUUGGUGUCUCCUCUCAGGGUUGUGUCGAUCAUCCCAUAGUUUUGACAGAAGCUGUAUGCAACCCACUGUAUUCACGACAGAUGAUGUCCGAGCUUCUUUUUGAGUGUUAUGGAAUUCCAAAGGUUGCUUAUGGAAUUGACAGCCUCUUCAGCUUCUACCACAAUAAACCAAAGAACUUGUUUUCCAGUGGACUGGUCAUUUCUUCUGGCUACCAAUGUACGCAUAUUUUACCCAUCUUAGAAGGAAGGUUAGAUGCUAAAAACUGCAAGCGCAUCAAUCUUGGGGGAAGCCAGGCAGCUGGCUACCUCCAGCGUCUCCUCCAGCUGAAGUAUCCUGGACACCUGGCUGCUAUCACUCUCAGCCGCAUGGAGGAAAUCCUGCAUGAGCACAGCUACAUCGCUGAGGAUUACAUAGAAGAAUUGCAGAAAUGGCGGUGUCCUGAUUAUUAUGAAACCAAUGUCCACAAGAUGCAGCUCCCGUUUUCCAACAAACUCCUCGGCAGCACUCUGACCUCUGAGGAGAAGCAGGAAAGACGGCAGCAGCAGCUGCGGCGGCUGCAGGAGCUCAACGCCCGUCGACGGGAGGAGAAGAUGCAGCUGGACCAGGAGCGACUGGAUAGACUGCUAUACGUGCAGGAGCUUCUUGAGGACGGCCAGAUGGAUCAGUUUCACAAGGCUUUAAUAGAACUGAACAUGGACUCCCCAGAAGAACUACAGUCCUACAUACAAAAGCUCAGUUUGGCAGUUGAGCAAGCUAAGCAGAAAAUGCUUCAAGCAGAAGUUAACCUCGAGGUGGAUGUUGUAGACAGCAAACCAGAGAUUCCUGACCUGGAGCAGCUAGAGCCAUCUUUGGAAGAAGUGGAAAGCAUCAGUGACUUUGAACCCUUGUUUUCAGAGGAGACGCCUGAAGUGGAGAAGCCAGUUGCCACUGUCCAGCCCGUGUUUAACUUGGCAGCGUAUCAUCAGCUGUUCGUCGGGACAGAAAGAAUUCGAGCUCCAGAAAUUAUCUUCCAACCAUCUCUCAUAGGAGAAGAGCAGGCAGGGAUAUCAGAGACCCUCCAAUACAUCCUGGACAGGUACCCAAAGGAUGUUCAGGAGAGGCUGGUUCAAAAUGUGUUUCUCACUGGUGGGAACAUGAUGUAUCCUGGGAUGAAAGCUAGAAUUGAGAAGGAGCUCUUGGAGAUGAGACCUUUUCAGUCUUCUUUUCAGGUUCAGCUUGCCUCUAACCCUGUGCUGGACGCUUGGUAUGGUGCUCGUGACUGGGCCUUGGACCACCUAGAAGACAAUGAAGUCUGGAUCACCAGAAAAGACUACGAAGAAAAAGGAGGAGAGUACUUCAAGGAGCAUUGUGCCUCCAACAUCUAUGUCCCUAUCCGCUUGCCAAAGCAGGCUUCCCGUGCGUCGGACGCCCAGACAUCUGGCAAAGGCUCAGGGGCCGGUGGGGGCAGUGCUGGUGAGCAGGUGUAGCAAACUCUUGGGCCAUACUGGCCAGAGUGACAGGGAAAGGACUAUGCCAGAUAAUGACCUCCCAGAGUCUGCUGGUAACAUCUGGCUACAAAAUGGAUUUCUCCUAAGGAGAACAGUUAGGGGGGAGUGGGAGUUGCCUUUUAGAGAUGGUGAGAUUUGGGAGCCCCCAACAGUGAAGAAUCUUUAAGUGACUUUCUGUAGACUUUGCUGGAAGCAGGAUGAACUGUGGCAUCUGUUUUCUGCAGCAGUAGAUGAAGACAGGGUGGAGGGCAGAUGUAUAAAAUACACAAGGUUUAUUUCUUACUGCAUUCUACAGUGUCAUCUAAAAACUCUUUAAAAUUUAUAUUGUUAGGUAUAGAUUUCCUCAAAAGGUGUGAAUGGAUUUCACAUACUGGCAGUGUUUAUUUAUUUUUUUAUUUAUUUCAUAUGAGAUUGAGAGUUUCUGUGUGUGAGAGAGAAAUCAAAUGACCACUUCAGUACAUAUGGAUCUAGGGAUUAAAUUGGGAACCUCAGGCAUGCAGGCCCUGUGCUCUUUUAGUUUGAGAUAUAUUGUUUCCCUGGCUGCUGUCAUAACUUGCAGUGUUUAUGGAAAAAAAAAAAAAAAAAAAAACAAGAAUACCCACAAAAUAUCAGAACUAGAAAUAUUCUCCAAUGUUCCAUUUGCUAUUACUUCCUCUUACAAAUAAGAAAAAAGGCCCCAAAGAGGGUAACAAAAUUGUACAAGUCACUCUGUUUGGGGCUUGUUUGUUUCCAUUUCAGGAUAGGCAAAGAUAAGGCUAGUGACCCCUUUCGUUGUUCAUACUUUAGUUAUAAGUUAUUGUUUGUUUAAACCAGUGUACCACUCAGCUCUGGCUACUACUGGUGCUGGGGACUGAGUCUGGAACCUCUAACAUAAAAGUCCUUUGUGCUAUCUCCCUAACACUGAAACUGAUAGAAAUUUUACCACAGGUAGUCUUUUGUACAUUUUGUGUUUCUGUCCAUGUGAGUUUGUUGACUGUGACUUGCCUGGGCCUUUCUGAAGAAGUAUACUGGUGAAGGUUAGUUCUGUGGUCAUUUCAAUUUCACCAUAACUCUGCUUUCUUUGUCUCUUCACAGCUUCAUCUUAGAUAGCCUCACAUUCUUAAAGAGAUUGCUUGGUGAGAAUUUUAGCACUCAAGGACAACCCCUAGCUGAGUCUAGAAGGACCCUGAGUUGCUAGCAUCCUUGUCUGGGGACCCGUAUGUCUAAAUCCCAUGGAACCUAUAGCCUGACCAUCUCAUGAGGCCACCUCAGACUCUGUUUACUCAUACCGUUAACCUGGGCGUGACUAAACCAAAUCUCCAGCUUUUAAGGGCAGGAGGAGGCAGCAGUGGAGGUGGAAAAGAUAAAAGAGCCAAGAAUGACCAAGGCAUGGCAGUGAGCCAUUGACACUCCAUGGCUGGGCUGAAGGACUGAGGAGACAGUGAGAAGCAUGAAUUAUAAAGAAAGGAAAGAAGUAAAGAAAGUAGAGCCAGCCUCUGCAUGAGUGGUGCUUUCAUGUCACUUUUUCAGCAAGAGGAGGCACUGUGUCAACUGCUUUAGUCCUGGGACUUUUCUUUCUCCUAGAGUCAGCAGUUCAACAGCUAGAACAACAGUGGUGAGGUCAGAGAUUCUUGUGGAGUUUCAGUCUGAUGCAGACCAAUGCUGUGCUAUCUUUCCUUCAGUCCUUUUCUGUCUGUCACCCUGUCUUAAAAAAUAGGAGGAGUUCAUUGGAAACAGUGGGACUGUACAGGUUCAAAGUCUCCAGUGAAAAACCCCUGGUGACCCCCCCAAAAAAUGUACCAAUAAGUUAAUUGUAAUAAGAAUCCACCAGUACAUGAAAAAUAAAAGAUGGUGACCAAAAAGAUAUUA